CUAAUAAUUAUUCAAUAUUUUGGCAUUGAAUAACAAUUGAAUAAAAAUGUUUUGCCAAAAAAAAACAAACUUUAAGAUUUAAAUUUAGUAACUACACACAUAAUAUGAGAUAUUACAGUUUAAUCAAAGUACCUAUACAAUUGUUUCAAUAGAUCAGGUUGACACAAUAACAAUUCUAUCAUAAACUGAUUUACCUAACAAACUUGUUUCUAAGUAACCACACAUUUUUUAUUGAUCAAAUUAAAUAAUAAAUUUAAUUAUUGUAUUAUUGUGUGACGAAUUACGCCUGUAGAGAAAAUAUUUAAUUUAUACCGAAAUUGUUGGAAAUGGAUAAACCGCGGAUGAUAGAAUAUAUUUCUAAAAAUUUAGAUUAUACUGUAUUCGAUGUCAAAUGGAUACCAUGUUCAGCAAAAUUUAUAGUUGUAGGAGUUCGCCCAAAAGGUAGUGGAAUAAUACAAAUUUAUGAACUCAAUGGCGCUGAUGUUGAUCUAAUCAAAACAAUUGAAAAGAAAAACGCUUUAAAGUGUUCUACAUUUGGAGCGUCCACUUUAAGGCAUCGACAUUUAGCUGUGGGUGAUUAUGCUGGUAGAAUGAUGAUUAUCGAUUUAGAACGACCUGAUUUAGCUGUUUACAAUGUGGAAGCCCAUAAGCAAAUAAUAAAUUCAAUUGAUGGAAUUGGAGGUGCACAAUUGAAUUGCGGUGCUCCAGAAAUUGUAACAGGGGGUAAGGAUGGAGUUGUAAAAGUAUGGGAUCCACGACAAGGAUCUGACCCAGUUGUCAACAUUGAACCAGAGAGUAGCGAUGCUCAAUCUUGUCGCGAUUGUUGGACAGUUGCGUUUGGCGACUCACAUAGUAACGAAGAAAGAAAAGUUGCUGCUGGAUAUGAUAAUGGGGAUUUAAAAAUGUUUGAUCUUAGGAAUUUAGAUGUUUAUUGGGAAACUUCGCUUAAAAAUGGGAUUUGUUCAAUUGAAUUUGAUCGAAAAGACAUUAAAAUGAAUAAAUUUGGUGUUACAACAUUAGAAGGUGGAUUAUAUGUUUAUGAUUUGCGAACAUUUCAUAAGGAAAAGGGUUUUGCAUAUGUACAAGAAAAAAAUGCAGGGCGUUCAGUAGGUACUAACGGGGUAAUAAGUGGACCAAAAUCAACUGUUUGGUGUAUCAAACAUUGUCCACAAAAUAGAGAUAUUUUUGUAACGGGUGGUGGUACUGGGUCUGUAAGGCUAUGGCAAUAUCAAUAUCCAGAAAAGAGAAGGCAAGAAAAUAGUUCAAGUGGUGAUGUUGGUGUUGCUGGAACAAUAAAAAUGUUGCAUGCUUCAACUUUGUCCACACAGCCUGUCCAUUGUUUCGAUUGGAGUCCUGAUAAAUUGGGUUUAGCAGUGGCUGGUUCUUUGGAUCAAGCAUUCAGAGUUAUAUUAACAACAAAGCUAAAUUGUUACUAGAAUUUUUAUAUAAAUGAUUUUUUUUUUUGAAAUAUAAUCUUAAAUAACUAUA